AGAUGAACGAUGUUUCAAAAUACCAGUCGACCUUGAGGUGGCGUUUAGCUUUAUGGUUUGAGUAUAUUUCAACCAACACUGCUGAAAGGUAUUUCAUUCUCUUUUCAAUUGAAUCUUCAAGGAAUUCCUGAAAAAUGACUUCAGCAUUGUUAAAGUCGACUACUCCUAUUAACAAGAAAUUGAAAUGCUUGUUUUCAAUUAGUGCUUAGAACCUUUUUUCAGAGUACGCCUGAAUUACUCUUGAAAAAUCUCAACAACAUUAUGCUUGGAAAAAUCAUUACUCAUGUCCCCAACUUUUUGAAGCGACAGCUGAUUUACCCUCACCAUUCCUUACUAAAUUUGGUGAUAGGAAAAGCAGACUUCAGUGGUUUUGAAUAUAAAGGAUCUGACCAUUUUCUUUCAUAUUCCUCAACCGAAAAGUUGGAUUCUGCUGUCAGAACCUCAGAUCAGCACUCCAGAAAUGGUAUUGCCCAUCUAAGUACUAUUGAAGAUUUAAAAAGCUUUGUGUCACAUGUAAGCUUAUAUAUAUAUAAUGUUACGGUGUUUGUAUGUUAUUACGGAGGUCGUGAAAAUGUACUUUAUGUAUAUCAUACUGGUUCUUCUUUUCGGCUUUGAGCUACGCUGUUUGUGUAAGAGCUAGUGAUGCCACUCAUUUACCCAAAUCGGGUAAGUUGAGUAGUGCUAGAAUCUGGGAUGCAGUGGUUGAAAGCGGAGCGCAUCAACCAAUUAACUACUUCCACAGGUAUUUAUUUCAUUUCACAAUAAUGUGACUAUCCUGGUUUAUAUCUAGUCACAUAGGGGAUAAUUGGGAUCACAGGAUUUGGGUAGUAUCAUAGCCCUCGCGCACACCAUGGUAACUACUGGUGAGGAUUACGAACUUCACUACCAACAUUCCAAUCAUCACUAAUCAUAUUACAUUUAUGGCUAUUUUAUUGCGUAUAAGUUUAAUCGGUAUCAUUUUAAGUUUCUACACCAUUUUAUUUUCAUGUGAUUUAGGCUAUCCCGUACAAUAAUUUUAAAAUUAAGCUUACUCAACAGCUUAUUUCUGUCGAAUAAUUAAAAAGUUGUUUUCUGUCACCAAUCACAAAAUCAGUUAUUUGUAACUUUCUCACACUCGACAUGAUUGAGCUCCACUAUUCCUGGAGUUUUAGGGAGAACUCCAGUUCAGUUUCCUAUGGUGGAGUCGUGGAUGCACACCUUUGAGCAGUCCCAUACCAGGUCGAAACAGUUGUCCAGUGCUUUUUGGCUUUCGAUAGUAGUUUGGCUAAAAUCAGUCCGUAACUUAAACCAUGAAAAUUCUACUAUAUCCUUAAGUCUUCAACAAAUUCUUUGUUGCCAAACUUGAAAGUCUCAUCUCUAAUGGAUUAAUAACUGACGAAACCUGGAUACAAGUACAAAAUUCUCAUUUGCUAGUUCAUGACACUUGUGGUUCAGAUGAAAUAUUCACCUGACUAUACAAAAUGUUUGUAUUUUCUACAUCAAACCUCUGUCGAUUUACAACUGCAAAAAUACAUUCUUGCGUUAUGAGUACUGGACACAAAGGAGUCUUUGAAGCCUUGUUUACCUCUGAGUUCGUCAAAAAACCCAUUUUGGUAAUGAAUAUCCAGUACUUAUAAUAUUUUUAACCUCCACUGAUUUAGAUAAUCGUGAGAUGUGUUACGCAAACCCAAUUGCGGUGUACCUUAGUAUAAUUUAUUGACUAGAAAAUGACUAAGGAAUAAACUAGGACAUAGUAUCAAUGUGAAAAGUCAUCCACCAUUGAUUUGAGAUGUGUAGGGGAAUGCAGGCUAUCUGGUUAACAUUUGUAAAUCAAUUUUUAGGAAAGUUUAGUGACACAACCCCAAGUCGAUGUUAGUGGUGCUUAUGUGUAUCCAUUUUCAUACUUUUCGUUCUGUGCUUUGUUUUUUCUUCUUACACUUUUAGGCCCUCAUUUUCAUUAGUUACUUUCCUUUUUAAUGUUAUAGACCAUGACGAAUCAAAUAGGUGCAAAUUUAUAAUUGAUCGUACCUAGGUAUUAGAUGUUCGUAAUGCAUAAUUUUUUUCUAUCGUAAUAUAUACGGAUUAUUCGGCUUUUCGUUAUUAAAAAAAUUGCUGUCAUUUUCUAGUGCAUCUCAAGGUAGUCAACAAUCUCCAUCUUUUCCCACUGAUAGAUUAUCUAUUGUAUAAUUAAAUGUUAAAGUUUACCUUUUUCAAAAAAAAUCAUUUACCUUACGUAGCCUAGUACAACAGUUAAUGAUAUUUUGGACAUUGAUAUACGGUUGCUACCUUCGGAAGCAUGUGCGAUGUGUUUAGAAGCUUUACUAAGAAUGCAAAAUCAGUCUUAUGACUUACUAAUUCGUAAUGCUCAAAAUGAUUUAAGAAAUUCUAUUGCAUCUGGUGUUGACUGGCCAUCACAUUAUAUAAAAUUGGAGCAUAUAACAAAAUGGCAUAAAUUUGAUGUAGGAAGUAAUCUAUUCUAUAAUAAUAAUAAUGACUACUCUUGGAUGAAAUCGGAAAAAUUCGAUCUUUUAGUAUUAACAACAGCAGCUUGUGCCAAUGGUUUAUCUAUUGAAUCUUUACUAAGGCUAGCUGGAUAUUUUGGAAAUUUUUGGGAACGAUAUGAACCAAAAGUUUAUGCAUCAGUACUACGUCAUAUUAAUAAUCAGAUCAACAAUUUAUCAUGCGUUCAUUUAGCUCAAUUGGCACAUGUAUUAUCUAAAUUGAAGUAUAGUCAAACUUUUGGAUUCCCUCAGGAAUUACGUACUGAGAUUCAUUUAUUGGGAUCAGCAAUCGCUAUUCGUUUAUUGUCUGGAAAAGAGAUAUUAUGUUCAGUAGAUCCUACAGUUGCAAUUCGCUUGUUAUACGAUAUACGUUGGGCACUUUCGUACAAUCAAAGAGUGAUUCUGUUUGAUAGUAUUUAUUAUAAUCUUACACUGAAUAAUGUACAAUGGAAUUUGUAUACAGUUGCUUUCCUACUACUUCAUUCAUGUAAACUAAUGAUCUAUAAACCUUCAGUGAUAAAAAGUUGUCUAGCUAAAAUAUCACGUAAAUUACGAAUAUCAGAUUAUCAUCCCAGUAUAAAUCAAUCCCAGUGGAUUAACGCUAUCCUUGCUGCUUUAGCUAAUUAUACAGUUAAUUUUAAUGGUGCAAGUGGAAAUUGUGAAGAAGAAUUACAAUAUUUCAUUAAACCACCUUGUCGUAAUCACAAAAACAAUACAGUGUCAAUAUCUAAAAGUAUAUUUAUUCCGUACGAAGUAUUUACUGCUGAUUGGGUCCAAAGAUUGUUCAGUAAUAUAUGUCAGCACGUUACAAGUCAACAAAUAGUAGAUUAUAAUUCCUUGAAGUGUUUAGCACAGAUUACUUAUUCUUUGUCUUUAUUUGGUCACAAGGCUGAUUCCCUUAUUGAAUAUUUUAAUGAUGCAAUGGAAAAACUUAACAAUGAUGUUUCCCCUAACAUGUCGACAUCAUUAGCAACUGAAUUUUCUCAGCUACAAUUAUAUAUGAAUAUGGCUAAAUGUUUACUUACCCCACUUUCUAAAAAUAGUAAUGAAACUGAAAAGCUGUCGGUUUCUUCACUACCUAGUGAUUAUUGGAGAUUUUAUUAUCAUUGUGGUCUUGGACUUUUACAAAGCAAUGAAAUAAACGAUCCAGGGAUUUCCAAAAAAAUGAUAAAUAAAAGAAAAACCGUGAAUCGUUUAUACCAUGUGUUCCUUAAAAAUAGUGACCUGUUCAAAGAAUUAGACAUGGAUACAUUUCAGUGUAUACUGUAUCCUAAUAGUGAUAAUAGUAACGUAUACUUUGCAGAUAUUCUGUUUAAACAAGUAUGCGAACAACACGAAGGUAAAUAUAAUUACGUUAUUUGUAUUGUACAUGAAAAUCGUGAUGAGGUCGCCAAAGGUCCGUUACUUUCACUGUUAAACUUUUAUCGUGAAACACAAUGUUUGCCUGUUCUUACGUUUAAUAUUUGUACUUGGAAUAAUUUGCCUUAUACUGAAGCCAAACUAAUUAUGGUACAAAAUUUUCUACGUGAAGUAUCAAACAAAUUAAAUGAAAUGAAUAAUUUACAUCUACCGGAAAUUUAUACAACGAAUCUUGUUCUUCAUCCAACAUGAAUUAUUAGGCUUUAAAUAGUUUGUUAAUACAGGUUUUAUGUGUACACUUUCUAGACAAAUGUGUGUAUAAACAAUUCAUAGUUUUGUAUGACUAAUAUACUUUAAGAAAGUGCUUUUUUUCUUUUGAUUUGCAAUGGAUCUGUUACAUUCUGAAUGUUUUCGUAUUGGGCAAGAAAAAAAACAGUAACUUCAGCAAUGUCUUUGUAUUUUAUAGUUAAUGAUGAGUAGAUUUUAACAACCUUACUUCUUCUGAAUGUUGUCUCAGUUUUUGAUAUGGAAUGUUCUCAUCUUAUUUUCCAUGUUGGAUUAUUUGUAACGAUAUACGGUAUUACAAAAUACAUAUUUCCUUGAU